AGAUAACCCAGUAAUGAAAUUGCAUUUUAUAAUACGAACAUAACUUAUUUUACAUGAUAUCAACUGUGUGUUCAUAAAUACAUAUGGACGUUUUGAAUAUCGGGACAUUCUGAAUAUUGGGUCAACAUAUGCAUGAGAUAUAUAGGAUGAGGUUCAUUUUCAGUGGAUCUCCAUGCAUAUUGACGACAGACGGUAAUGUGACUUCUCUUUAAAUCAUACAUAAUCAUUAUCUCUGGAAUAACCUUUCCGACAGCUAGCUCCCAACAGUGUAGGGUGUUGGAGGAUGUGUAAGCCUAACAUCAAACGUACGGACUGCGGUAUCAUUGGGUUUAGUUAGGACUAUGUUAUAGUGAUGACAAAUGAAUUUCAGACUGGACCAAACAUGAUUCAAAAGGAUAAAUUAUAGUAUCACCAGGGAUAUUUACGAAAUUUUAGACGAAAGCUGCCGCUCAACACCGCAUUCAACCUUGUCCAACGACUAUCCAAUAAUCGGUUAUAUUUUUACACAGCCGGUCCUACCGGAGGAUUUGCUUGCAAACACCGUAUGUCUUGAUAUCGCUCGUAGGAUAAAAUAUUGAUCAUACUGGGUGAUAACUGUGGGGGAAUCUAUUGUGACUUUUAGACGGCGAAUUCGAAGAGGACACAAACUGCUCGAAAAAAUAUUAAAGGAUUACAUAAAUAACAAUAAAGAUGUGAAAAUACACGAAGUCAAAAAAUUAGUCAACAAUGGGUUCGGUCGCAACUGAAGCGACUGUGCUGACUCAACAUUCUCGGUUAACAUCGAAAAGCCUCCGGUCCCUCCGCCUCAAGAGGAUCGAUGAAGAACCACACUUCACGUCGGCAUUCGGGUUGGUUAUGGCCUCCCUGGGCUGUAUGAUAGGGUCCGGGAACAUCUGGAGGUUCCCCAAGGUUGCAGCUCAAAGCAGUGAUGGGAAAGGCUGCCUCGUUUUCAUUCUAAUAUGGCUGCUCUUCGUGUUCCUGUGGUCUAUCCCCAUGGUGAUCCUGGAAUAUGGCAUCGGUCGUUACACCAAGGUCACCUUGAUCAAGACUUUCAAGAGGAUGAUGGGACAAAACUUCAUUUGGGGCGGAAUAUGGAUCUCUGUGGUAACCUUUUUGGUUGCUUGUUAUUAUGCUGUGAUAGUCGGAUGGUGCUUGUAUUAUUCCUGUAUAUUUAUCGCCCAAAACCCACCGACCAACUACACUGAGAGCAAAGAGAUACUCGAUCAUUUUGUUCAGGAGUCCGCCUGGGGUUACAUCACACUGCUGGCGACGGUUCUCCUUACGGGCCUCAUCUGUUUAGGGGGCAUCAUAAGCGUCGAGAAAGUCAACAUGGUCCUGGUACCAGUUACAUUCAUUAUAUUGCUUGCUACUUUCAUCUGGGCGAUGACGAGACACGCGGCCGGCGAUGGACUUCGGUUCCUCUUUUAUCCACAUUGGGAUUCAUUCCUGAGUGUCCACGUCUGGGGCGAGGCUGCCUAUCAUAACCUGCUCUGCGUCAGCGCUGGUAUGGGACUGCUCCUGACCUAUUCGAACUUCCUCACAGAAGAAAACGGGGUCGUGCGGUACGGAGUUCUCAUCGCCAUUGGAAACAAUGCCAUCAGUUUGCUGGUGGCCAUGAUGAUGUUUGCCAUCGUCUUCGCCGCCAUCUCUCCAGAAUCCCCUGAGUUAUUAUCUGAAGUUCUGGCAGCGGAGGGCCCUGGGGGAACGGGGGUCACAUUCAUAUGGCUUCCAGUUUUGCUCUCGGCCGAUGGUGCAGUGGGUCGGGCUAUGCUUAGCUUGCUCUAUCUCUCCUUAGCCUUACUCGGUAUCUCCGCCAUUACGGCCCAGGUGAAGAUGGCGACUCAACAAAUUAUUGAUGUCUCAAGGAAAAAAGUUUCGCGUCCACUGGCUAUAUUUCUUGUGAUGAAUCUAAUGUAUUGUGUGGGCAUCGGCUCUAUUAUGAGUCCAGAGUUCCUGAGAAGCCAGGAUAAAAUCUGGAAUUCAGGCCUGAUCAUCUCCGCCCUACUCCUGGUAAUCAUGUCCGUCAAGUACGGCAUCACCAAGCUGAGGGAGAAGGGUAUAAACGAAAAAAGCCUCGACGACUGGAAUCUGCCCGUGAUCUGGGAGUUAACGAUUAGGUAUCUCUGUCCAAUCGAAAUCAUUCUGAUCCUGAUCUGGUGGUUAUAUGAUGUAAUUACCCGAUCACUCUCCAGGGAGGGACACUGGUACGAUAUCGUAGCGGAUGGUGUUCUAACAUAUAUCAUCGCUUGGGUUUGCCUGCUGCUCCUUGCGCUCUUCAUGAACAUGCUGAUCGUCUGCUGCCGACCACGAUGGUUCAUGGCGCUCGAGGAUGAGCUCUGGGAGGAAGACGAUAUGGAUGGCCUUUACGACAUCGGAGGAGAAUCUCUGAUGGGAGACGCCCCACAUACGGCAGCACCGGGAGUUUACGACGAGCCUGCCGCAAAUUACGGCGCGUUGGACGAUGUGGAUGGAGUCGAGGAGACGGCACUUGAUGACCCUGCCUCGGCUCCUCCUGCGCCCCCCGCGGAGGCCACAGACACCACGUGAUGAAGAGGCGAGGUUUCUCACCCUUGGCCUUUGAAAAGAACAUAAUCGGCGUGUGAUAUGUAUACUGUGUGUGUGGUAAAGUCCACAUUCCUAUAAAUACAUGUAUAUGCACCGCUCCCUAAAGAUUUCUGAUUCACACUACUGCUCACAAAAACUCAUGCUAACAAAAACUACUACUCGCGAAAACUACUGCUCACAAAAACUUCUGCUCACAAAACUACUACUCACGAAAACUACUGCUCGCAAAAACUAUUGCUCAUAAAUCGCUACCUCUUUGGGCAUAUCGCUGUAUGCCAGUUCUCACCAAGUUAGUAAGACAUUUUGGACAUUACUGGUUUUCCAUUGUAUUUCCAGCGAAUUGAAUAUUUGGACGGAGUAAAACUGUGGGGUAUAACAAUGUGUAAUGGGUUACUGUACAUGUAAUGGCCAUAUUUCUCUUGUGCAAUGCGUCAUACCAAUAACACUUUGAUGUAAUACACGGGCAGAGACAUGUAUUCAUCCACGACCGGACCACAUAGUGCUUAUUAAUAUGUCAAGUUGUGGUAAAUACAUGGCUGGGAUGGAUCAAAGUGGAAUUAAUUCUCAAUCUGUGGUUGAUUCUAAAUCUACAGACCCAGGCCAUCACAGAAUUAAGCUUUUUUAAAAUAUAUUUAAGAAAAUAUGGUUUAACUGGUCAGUUCUGAACUUGUAUGUUGAUAGAGUCAUAUCAAUGCGCGAGUGUCGAUUUGACGGAUAUGCUGUACAGAAGUCUUUUGUUUUCUUAGGCAGUUGGUAUUGGAAUGUUUUAGAAUUUUAUUAUGAUAUUGGUAAAGGGUUCUUCUUAACACAUAUGAAAUUUGGUGAGGACUGAUUGGCCCUAAGGUCCUUUUUUACCAAAAACUAUGACUAGCAACGUACAUGUAAUGUACACAGUGUAUAAUACAUUGUUCUGGCCAUAUACUGGAGAUUUUUGACAUUCUUAUAGUCGUCGUACUUGAUAUACAUGUACUGAAAACGCAAUGGAGACCUUUGAAGCAGUGAAGUGGCAGCCUAAAGCAAACGGCUCCUAUAGGACAUUACAGUAUGUAGCUUUCUGGCCAUCUGCUGUAAAGAUCCUUGUUACUUUUUUACCCCUUGGAACAUGUUAACAAGCGCGCCUCGAAAUUGCGUUCCGCUCAUACAGUAGAGGAGAAAAUUCACAGUACUGUUAAGGUACGUCAAAAGUGACGUCACAGCGUUCACGAGCUCCAUGGAGACUCCCCAGUCUUCCGAUACGACCGCGGCUUCCGAUACGACUGCGGUUUCCAGGAAGUAGAAGGCGCUGGAGGGGAGUGUGAGGACCACGAAGGUUGUGCUCACCGCAAGAAGCAUGUAGGUCACCUUGGACAGUUUGUCUGAAGUUUCCUCGGCUUCCCCGCUCAUUGUCUUCCUGUUGCGGCGGCUCUUCCUGAUAACGUAUAUAAUAGAACCGUUACAUAACGCGAUGGUUAGAUAAGGGAUGACUGUAUAGACGAAGAAAAUUAUCCAAGCCCAGGUGGACGUGAAAAACGCUUCGUAUGAUCUGGACGCCAGGACGCAUACGCCACCGGGUUUGGAUCGAUCGAGGCCAAAGUUACCAAACAUGUGACUGUUGAUUGAAAAUAUCACCACAAAUUCUGCGAUUACAGAAUAAAUUGAGUAUUUCUUGGUGCAAAUUAACCGCGCUUUCAUAGGGAAACAGACGGAGAUCCAUCGUUCUAUUGUUAGGAGCAUCACGUUCCAACUCGUCAGUUCCCAGACGACGAAGCUGAGAAAGAUUACGACAGAGCAGGACCAGUUUGUCGCCGUCCUGACCUCAAUCCCAAAACAGAAUUGCAAAUAGUCUUGUCCCAGACCCCAAUAGAGAAUUAUGGUGUCCACGACGGCGAGGUUUAUGAGGAGGAUGCGCGUAGAAGUAUUUCCGAACUUUUGCUUGAGGAGAACGAGGAUUGUUAAACAAUUGAAAAUCGUCCCAAAGACAAUCAGAGUCGGGCUGGCGUACCACCAAAGGUUCCGGACCAGCCGUUGCAGAUCUUGGCCGCCAUUUUGACCGGAAACGGUAGUCGUGGCGGUCGUAUUUGGCUGUGACGUG